UCUAAACUGAGCAACAACAACUGUAGGGAAAUGUCGUGGUGCAUGUAGACAACGGCAGCCUCCGAAUCCACCGAGGGCUGGAUACGAACUGCGGGUAACUGCCCUGAUCACAAAUAUGGCAACACUAGCGACUCGUUACCAUUCUCAGCAGUAGCACUGAAUGUCGGCAGCCGACGGAGGACGCAGCUGCUGAUAGUCUCUGCCCCCGCGUGAUCUGUGCAUGCUGCGAUAGUGCUGGUUCGCUCUCACGUCUUACGCAUUUCGGCUUGCAUUACGACCUGAUCCACGACAUCGUCCACAUCUUGCCUCCACCGUCUCGGAAGGCAGAUCGAUUUACUUUCUGCUGAUAGUCCAGUGUCUUGAUUUCUAAAUGUUUCGCAUAAGCUCGCUACGGUGUUCAAGACCUCUCUCAGUCAGCAAGGACGUAUCACGUUUUCAUGCGUGUAUGUCUCUUAGGCUCUUGCAACGCCAUAGCUUGUAUAAAUAUUCGCAACUGUCUAGUACUAGAGAGAUGUCGUCUACUAGCAGCUCCACCCCCGCGCUCUUCUCUCCUAUUCAGGUCGGCGAUCUGAAGCUCGCGCACCGUGUCGUCCUCGCACCGCUCACUCGCUUUCGCAACGACGACGCACACAUCCCGACAGACCUCGGCGUAGAGUACUACUCACAACGCGCCUCCGUCCCUGGCACUCUUCUCAUCACCGAGGCCACCUUCAUAUCUCCUGAGGCCUCCGGUUUGCCCAACGCACCCGGGAUCUGGAGCAACGCACAGGUUGCUGCAUGGAAGAAGAUCGUCGAUGCUGUCCACGCGAAGGGUUCGUACAUCUACCUUCAGUUGUGGGCUGUGGGCCGCACGGCUCGGCCGGCCGUUCUCCACGAAGAGUUCCCCGAUGUGCCAUUCGCCGCGCCAUCUCCGAUCGCGCUCAGUACUCAGCCCGAAGCGGUUCCCCGGGAGCUGACCAAGGAAGAGAUCAAGAAGUUCGUGCAGCAGCACGCGGUCGCCGCCAAGAAUGCGGUCGAGGGCGCAGGCUUUGAUGGGGUCGAAGUGCACGGCGCGAACGGCUACCUCGUCGAUCAAUUCCUCCAGGACGUCUCCAACAAGCGUACUGACGAGUACGGAGGCUCCCUCGAGAACCGCGCUAGAUUCGGCCUCGAAGUCAUCGACGCCGUUGUCAAGGCCGUCGGGGCGACCAAGUCCGCUAUUCGACUGAGCCCUUGGUCGACGUACCAGGACAUGCAUAUCGACGACCCCAUCCCGCAGUUCACGUACUUCGUCGAGCAGCUCAAGCAGCGCCAUCCGCAGUUGGCCUUCGUUCAUGUUGCUUCUCCGAAGAUUCCAGGCAGCAUUGGACCCAAGGAUGAGUCGCAAGUAGACUUUAUCCACAAAAUCUGGGCACCGGGUGCCGUGAUCACCACGGGCGGGUACGAUCGCGAGUCUGGCAUCAAGGCCGCUGAAGAGACAGGGCAACUCAUUGGCUAUGGCACAAAGUUCCUCGCGAACCCUGAUUUGCCGUUCCGCUUGCGUGAGAAUUUACCUCUUAACCCGCCUGAUUUUGAGACGUUCUAUACGCGCUUGUCGCCCAAGGGUUAUAUCGACUAUCCGUUCUCGGAGGAAUUCCUGAAGUCGCAGCUUUGACUCCUAGGUUGAUAGGAGACUGUAGCUAUUGAGCAGGUGUAUAUCGUGUAUCCAAAGUGAUAUCUACACAUAUGUGCG